AUGAUUCUGUUAUGGGUCACGCUUCUCCUUCAUCAAGGAUAUGGUUUGGUUCCAGUGAUCACAGCUCAUCUUGGUGAAGCAACAACACUUACAUGCCCUUUGCCUGAUAGUAAAGACAGACGUAACAAACUUUUUUGGUACAGACAAACUGCAGGAGAUACUCUGGAAGUAAUUGUGAAGCUUGUGACUCUUGCAAACCCAGAAUAUGGAAAAGGUUAUUCUGACUCGAGAGUAAAAGCUGUACUUACUGACAAAGUGAGCAACCUGACCAUUUUAAAAGCAGCUCAAGAAGAUGAAGGAAUGUAUCACUGUGGCUUUACUGACUGGAACCAAAAUGUUUGGCAGGGGACCUACUUGUUAAUAAAAGGAAACACUGUGGGAACGUCAAACUACAGAGUAGUUCAGAAGAAGAUGGUGUCAGAUUCCAACGGUCCAGGCGGUUAUGUGACUCUCCAGUGCUCCAUCCUCUCAGAUUUUGAGAACAAGACUUGUUCAGAAGAUCCCAAUGUGUUCUGGUUCCGAUCAGAUAAAUCUCACCCGGAUAUCAUCUACACAGAUGGAAACGGAACUAACAGAUGUCAGAGGAAAAUCGAUAAUCGGACUAAAUGGGUCUAUAAUUUCUCUAAGAAAAUCAGCUCCUCUGAUGAUGGGACUUAUUACUGUGCUGUGGCCACAUGUGGAGAGAUACUAUUUGGAAAUGGAUCAAAGCUGGAAGAGCGAGAGGCAGACCCUGAAUUUCCCGUACUAGUGAUAGCUGUGACAUGUUUGAUAAUUUCCAUGAUUAUAAAUGCUGUUUUUGUCUUUUACCGAGCUCCAAGAGCAGCAUGUAAACAAUUUAAAGAAGUAGAAAGCACCUCUUCAGAAGAAAGAUGGAGGAACUUGAGUCAGCAAGGCAAUCAAAUUAAUGAAGAUGGACAGGAUCUGAACUACGCAGCUUUACACUUCGGUGCUGGGAAAGCUACAAGUGGAAAGAAGAGAAAAGAGGACAGUGUGUACUCCCAAGUUAAACUCUGAAAUCUGUUUA